AACUUCUCCAUUCUGAGGCGAAUAAAGGUUUUCUUAUCUUAAAGUGAAAUAUUUUUUUUGAAAUUCACAAAUUUGAAUAUUUCAUGUGAUCAAUAAGAAAGGAUCUUGAACAAAGAAACAUUAGCCUUCUGAACCACAGAAAUAGAAACAGAAACAGAAAUAGACUGCCUUGAACGCUGGAAAGAGCAUUUCAGCAAAACAGAAAUAGACUGCCUUGAACGCUGGAAAGAGCAUUUCAGCAACCUCCUUUAUCAUCUUCCAGUUCCAACCGACCCUCGUCUUGUUACUGCUGCCAACUCCACCACCCUCAACCCCAACUGCAAAACGGACCCAGUCACAAUCGAUGAAGUCAGAGCAACAAUAAAAACACUAAAAAAUCACAAGGCCCCUGCAAUCUGUGCCAUCACUGCAGAGUUGCUCAAAGAAGGUGGUGACUCCAUGGCCCAGUGGCUCACCCACAUCGUUAACCACGUGUGGGUGGCAGAACAGCCCCCCACAGACUGGACCUGGGGUAUCAUCCUGCCAUUCUGGAAGCGGAAAGGCGACAAGCAACUCUGCAACAACUACAGAGGCAUCUCACUGCUCCCCAUACCUGUGAAACUGUUUACCCGUAUCCUUCUCACCCGUGCUCUUCCUGCCAUUCAAAGCUAUCGCUGCCCUCAACAAGCUGGCUUCAUGCCCAACCGGUCCACUGUAGAUCACAUCUCCGCAAUUAGACCAACACACUCAGAACCAUCUUGAACAUCAGCCGGCACCUCCAUGUUGCCAACUUAGACCUCCGAAAACGUACUCUUCAGCCUCCUGCAUCCUGACUGGCUGCUCAGAGGCGCAUCCGUUGGCUUGGACAUCUCUUCCGAUUACCCUCUGGAACACCUAAAUGGCGCAAUCUUCUCAUUCGAUCCAGCGACAGCCGGCUGGAAAAGGCCCCACGGCAGACCCCACACCAAAUGGCUUGAUGUCAAUCGGAAGGAUCUGAAGCACCAGGGCCUUACCCUGGAGGAUGCAAUGGACCUGGCUCAUGACCGUGGUAAUUGGCGUGCCCUGGUGAAGCUGAUCGGCUCUACCCAACCGAAUGAGAAUGGGCCUCCGCAUCGCAAGAGCAUUUAUUAUUAUUCGCGCAUUCCUAGUGUCCAUCAAAGAAAAACUAGUUCCAAAAUUCAUGAAAUUCACUAGGCAUGUUUAUAAUGAGUGACACCGUGUUCGACUGGUUAGCACAUCUGCUUCACAGUAAAGAGGUCCAGUGUUCGCAUCCAGGCUCCGGCCUUCCUAUGUGGAGGAUGUUCUCCCCAAGCCUGCGUAGGUUUUCUCUGGGUACAUGCCUUUGGCCAAUUGAAUUCUCCAUAUUGUCCCUAGGUGUGAUUGUGAGUGCAAAUGUUUGUUUGUCAAUGUGCGUCCCGCGAUUGGCGAGUGUACCCCUGCCUGUUGCCCCAAGAAAGCAUGUCCGCGACCCUCGUGAGGAUGAGCAUUUCAGAUAACGUAUGGAUGAGUCCGAGUAUCCAUUUUGUCUAUUUGCAGGAGCCCUUCAAAGAUGACCAACUUCUGCAUUCUGCAUGCUUGUCGUAUUGUGUGCCAGGUAUCAGUGUCGUUGUUGUCUGUGUCAGAUGGAUAUGGACCAGGUGAACUCCACCCAUGGUCAAGACCAAGCCCCCAACUUCCCCGAUGUGGAGAGCGUGGAGUGUUACCUGCCGCCGCUGCUGCCCAAGAAGAGGACAAGGACAAAUUACAUUAACGGUGAGUCCCAUGUCACAACCAGUGUUCGUUCCCAUUGGAAUUUGUCUGUGUGCUAGGUUUGUGUGUUGUUUAACACAUUUUCUUAGUAUAUGUGUUUAGAUCAGUUGGAGGACUUGCUCCAGAAGGACCACUACCCUGACGCAGCCAAAAGGAAAUCUCUCGCUGCAUCAUUUGGCAUCCAACCUUACAGAAUUAUGGUAGUGAAUGGGAGGUGUAGACAUUGUAUAUUUAUUUAUUUAUUUACUGUGUAAGGUGAGCAUUUGUGCUGUGUCAGGUCUGGAUUCAGAAUCGCCAAACCAAGUCCAUAGAGCAGCGCACUUGGUGCCGAAUAAUGCCAGACAGUGGUACACCGGGGUUAUGCAGAGCCAUAACCCCCACCAGGCCUACUGCACACUGCCCACCAUGGCCGCCACUGCCAGCAAGUUUGCCAGCAUGCGGCGUUUUUAUUUUUUUAUUGACAGGGACCACCCUACAUUCAAUGACCGCCAUACCCGCAUUUCAGCAAUGUAGCACCUGUGUUCUCUGGACACUUCAACACCAUGAUGUCACCGAUGAAGCCUAUGAUGCCUUUCUUACCUGCACCACAAUUCUCCACAGACACCCGGCAGUCCUUCACCCAACUACUGGCCGCCAGUCCACGUUUUCUUCCUCAUGCGGGCCAGAUUUGUCAAAACUGUUAUUGGCUCUCCCAGGUGACAUUUCUGGUCAAAUUAAACAUAAAAUGGAGAGAAUGGCAUUUUAUGUAAAUGCAAAACACGCAAACGCGGUCUAACCAAUAGCACCUACAGUUGAGGUGUCAUAACCACUACAGCAACUGGUAUUUGACCACAAUGGUACAUAAACACAUGUACACAGACAAUAAGCCAUACAUGCAAGGAGGUGGGAGGCAAAAAAGAACUACUUCCACUGUGUCUCACUAGUGUAUAUAUACUAUAAUAUACUGCCGCUCGGUAGGCAUGUUGCAUGUGGAUGGAUUAUUGAAAUAUAUAUUGAUGACAAAAGAUGAUUUGUACCACUCUAUUAUAUGAUGAUGAAUCCUUAAUUUAAUACUGCCCUCGCUGUCAGAAUAAAAAAAACAUUCAUGUAAAUAUUUUUAAAUGGUACAGUAUGAGAAAUACACACUUUUGGAUGUCAUUAGAUGACGCUGUUGUACCUAAUAACAAUGGGUCUUAUGAUUCAUUGUUGUGAGUGAGGCGGCCCAGUGGUCCAUUGGUUAGCGCAUCGACCUCGCAGUGCAAUUCCAGCUCCGGCCUACCUAUGUGGAGUUUGCAUAUUCUCCCCGGGCCUGCAUAGGUUUUCUCCGGGUACUCCGGUUUCCUCCCACAUUCCCAAAACACGCACGGCAGGCUGAUUGAAGACUCCAAAUUGUCCCUAGGAUUGAGUGUGAGCGUGGAUGGUUGUUUGUCUCUGUGUGCCCUGCGAUUGGCUGGCAACCGGUUCAAGGUGUCCCCCGCCUACUGCCCGAAGACAGCUUCAAUAGGCUCCAGCAUCCCUCGCGACCCUUGUAAAACGGAUCGGAAAAUGAAUGAAUGAAUGAAAUACUAUUGUUGAAUUGCUUCUCACUAAGACAUUUAAAACAUCAAGACACAUUCAUUCAUUCAUUCAUCUUCCGAGCCGCUUGAUCCUCACUAGGGUCGCGGGCGUGCUGGAGCCUAUCCCAGCUGUCUUCGGGCAGUAGGCGGGGGACACCCGUAAUCGGUUGCCAGCCAAUCGCAGGGCACACAGAAACGAACAACCAUUCGCACUCACACUCACACCUAGGGACAAUUUAGAGUGUUCAAUCAGCCUGCCACGCAUGUUUUUGGAAUGUGGGAGGAAACAGUCGUGUCAUUUUUGUUUGAUUGAUGGCCAGUGUUAUCUGCACUUGACAAUAACGGCUUUCCUGAAUAUUAUGAUUAUGGACAAGUCAGUCAGCUGUUUUUGUAAAAUUGAGGUUCAACAUCAUACAAUCAAAAGGUCCGGUUCGGUCUUAAUUCAGUGAGCUCUGUCAUGUUUGCAAGGUGGUAGAGUAGAGGACCCCAAAAAGCAGGGAGGCAGGGAGGAGAAGGGUGGAUUUAACAAGGUGUAUUUAACAAAAAUACAAAAACAAACAGAUACAAAGAAUGACAAACACAGUGACCUGACAGCGACUGUUCGGGCAUGGAGUCCUUUGAACAGAAACACGAACUAAUGACACAAUGACCAACAUGUGUGCCACUGUAGGAGGAGCCCUACAAUGCCACCUUUUGGUCACAAACAGAACCACACAAACCAGCUCUUAAUGAUAAAUCUCCAAGGACCAAGUACAUGAAGCAUCUUCAUGAAUAGCUUCAUGUUUCUGUUGCCGUGCUUGCGUCCUGGCUGUAACGUGUGAGUCUUCCAGUUACUUGUGUGAAAUAACCUCCAAGCGCACCUUGGUUCACUGCUUCAAAUUAUUCAUUGCUGUACCUUAAAACCAUUCAUACCUAUAAAUAUACAUUUCUGUUUCACGAUAUAGCACUAUUCAAGAGACAACCAGGCAUGAAGUUUUGACACAAACCUUUAUUUAUAUAAAACAAAAAGGAUUCUUGAGCAAAAAAAAAAAAACAAUAAACAAACAACAAACUAAAAAAAAUAGUUGCUUUUUGGGCAAUUGCUAAAAAAAUACCUCGUUCGUGUUGGUCUGGUGUUUAUUAUGUGUUGUCUUUCAGAUCUUAAAGGCUUGGUGUUGUGAUUUGUUAUUCUGACUGAACAGCGUGGGAUUACCUGCUACUUCUAAGAAGCGUAAUCCCAACUAAUCUGGGAUUCAGUUUCACUCUAAACUGUAGAUCGCAAACUCAGACUGGACAGGAAAGACAAUAUGGAGAUGCAAAGCCUCUGUGUAAGGACAAUAUUUCUUGAAUGAAAGAUGCAUUUGCUGGCUUUCCUUCACAUUCCACUAUAUCAUUUCUUGGUCGUCCACUCCUGCCCAUCUAUAUGUACCUGCAUUUAUGGGACCACAGGAACAGCUGACCUCAGGUUGGUGCAAUGCAGUGACCCGAGAAUAUCGAAUGUCCCUAUCAACAUCCCCGCUGACACAGUGAAACUCCGUCUGGAAAAGACUCUGAUUACCAGGGUACCCAGAGCAGCCUUCUUCAACCUGUCAGAGCUGCUCUUCUUGUGGCUUACCUACAACUACAUCACAACCAUCCACCCCAGCAGCUUUGUUAACCUGAGAGUCCUGAGAGAGCUGCGUCUGGAUGGAAAUCUCCUCACUACCUUCCCUUGGGAGGGGCUCCGGGACAUGCCUCGCCUUCAGACUCUGGGUCUUCAUAAUAACCAAUUAUCUAGCCUUCCAUCUCAAGCUGCACUCUUUCUUCCCAACAUCACCUACCUUGACUUAUCCAGUAACAGGUUGACUAUGUUGUCAGCUGAACUGUUGGACCUUUGGUUCCCCCUUCUAGGUCAACUGCAGAGAUCACCACAAAGAAGAGUUUUGGGUCUCCAUGACAACCCAUGGAUGUGUGACUGCCAGAUCGCCUUGGUGGUGUCACUGUCAAUGUCCCUGGGCAGCCCCGUGGUUCUAAUGGACCAGCUAGUUACAUGCAGCAGGUCUCUAGGUCAGUCCGGGAUGUUGCUGACCAAAGUUGAGCUGCCUCACUGUAUGAGACCCUCGAUUCAGCCUGCAGCCACGAGAGUUACAUCCCUGCGCGGAAGUAAUGUUAUUCUCCGCUGUGUAGCUACUGGCUACCCCACACCAACGUUGACAUGGGUCAAAAUUUCAAACUACGCCGAUUGCUGUCGACAGGAUAUCACUGGUGACAAUGAACAUCUGCCCAGGAAGUUGGAAAGUUCCAUGCAGGGAUCUCCUCGAGUUGGUGUGCGCUGGUCAAUAAUCAGCCUGGAUGACUUAGGGUUCAAGGAUACUGGUGAAUACCGCUGCCAAGCUCGGAACAUGGCAGGAAAAUCUGAAGCUCCCGUUAAGCUAAAGGUGGUGGGAGUUACACGACUCUCCCGCCUACCAAAGAAGUCACAGAAGACUCCUCCGAAGUCAACAUCCAACAGCAAAAAGCUCAACCAGAAUCGAACGACAUCUCUCACCCCAUCACUCAAAGACAACCAGCUACCCCGAGCCAUUGCACCACCUACCCAAAAGAACAACACACAGACAUUGCCUGUCACUGUGUCCAAAGUGUUGCCCAUUUAUAAACCCAGCAAAACAAACUUAAAAGGUCCAAAGAAAAUGACCAAAGAACCCUUAUCAAGUCUCUAAUAGAGCAAUUUGACAAUUCAACCAUUCCUAUAUCAAACACAAGAGUAUGACAUCACACAACUGGUGAACACUAGAACGAUAUGUUCAGGGUCAGUGUUGUGGUUUAUCCUCCACCUCUGCGGAGAUAACAGUGCAUACUGAUGGGGUUGAAGGAUUGCAGAUUUGACUGCUUUUAGUCACUAAUAUUUUACAUUCAUCUUUUUCACCACAGUUAUAAAUUGUGUGGAAGGAACUUGUUUACAGUUCAUAUGGAUGGCACAUGUAUUACAAGACUUGGUUCAAGUGUGAAAUUAAACAACCAAAUACAAACACCGUUACAAUAAAGUUGAGAUGUUGUGUAAACAUAAAAUAAAACAGAAUACAAUGAUUUGCAAUGUAUAUUUAAUUGAAAUCAUUACAAAGGCAAGACAGUUCGAUUUAAAAUGGAUAAACUUGAUUGUUUGAAGCAAAUAAUCAUCAAUUUAGAAUGUUAUGGCUGCAACACGUUCCAAAAAAGCUGGGACUGAGUCGAGUUUACCUCUGUCUUAUAUCAUCCUUUCUUUUAACAAUACAGUGUUCCCUCACUUAAUGGGGACCGGGACCCUGCCGUAAUAGGUGAAAAACUGCGAAGGAGGGUUGGUGAGGACACUAACUGUUCAAGCUUUGUUUGUCGAAUUCUUUCCCAUUCCUGCCUUAUGUACAGCUGCCACUGUUCCAACAGUCCUGGGCCUCCAUUGUCGUAUUUUACACUCCAUAAUGUGCCACACAUUUUCAGUGGCUGACAGGUGUGGACUGCAGGCAGGGCAAUCAAGUACCUGCAGUCUUUUACUACAAAGACACACUUGUGACAGGCGCAGAAGGUGGUUUGGCAUUGUCUUGCUGAAAUCAACCGGGGUGUCCAUUAAAUAGACGUUGCUUGUAUGCCGGCAUAUGUAUCUCCAAAACCUGUUAGUACCUUUCAGCAUGAAUGGCACCUUCACAGAUGUCUAGGUUGAUCAUGCCUUUAGCACUAACACAUCCCCAUCCCAUCACAGAUGCUGGCUUUUGAAAUUUAUGGCUUGUCAGACAACAGAAGACUUUUCUACUUUGCAUCAGUCCAUCUUGGAUGAGCUCGGGCCCUGAGAAGCCGGUGGCAUUUCUGGGUGUUGUCGAUCAAUGGCUUUUGCUUUGCAUGAGAGUAGAGUUUUAAGUGGCACUUUGUGAAGUAUUUACCCGAUAUUGUUGAUAUAUUGUAUACUGUAUAUUAUAUACUUCAUAUAUUGAUGUCGGUUUUUGAUGCAGUGCCGCCUGAAGGUUCGAAGGUAAUGCGCAUUCAAUUAAGAUUAAGAUAUCCUUUAUUUGUCCCGCAAUGGGAAAUUACAAUCAGAAUUCAGAAAGGAAAAACGCUGGGUAGGGAAAGGGAAAAAAAACACGCUCGAACUAUCCUCUUCCGAGGAUAAUUUAAGUCCAGGAUAAAAAAAGACCCUAGCACAUGAGUAAGCAUAUGACAGUUACAACAAGUCACAAGACAUAACAUGUAUAAGGGGGAGGAUGAAUAGGAAGGGGGCGGGGGAUGGGGGGGGGGUAACCGCGACAUGGCCGAAAAUGACCAGCUGCACGGUCACCGUUGCGCUCCGCAUUAUCGAACCUCGUCACGGGGUAAAAAGAAUUGGAGCGAUGAAGACGGUGAUAACAAGGAUGUGUAUGCACGUGUGCUUGUCCAGUCGUGUAUGUGUAUGCGUGUACAGGUCAUAGCUGCUUCGUUGAGGUCCGCUCAUCAUGGAGACAGUCCCGGCUUAUCAGUCCAUGGCCGAGAAGGAGCGGGUUGGUGGUGGGGGCCCUCGACUCCAUGCGUAUUUCCAUCGAGGGGAAAUGCCAGAUAGCGUUGUUUGUUUUGGAGAGACGGCCGCCAACAAUUCCAGACAGCCUUAAGUCCUUGGUCUGCAUCUCCUCACUGGCGCCAAUCUUUCAGAUCCGAAAAUUCUUUCGCAGCGUGGAUUCCAACGUCUCCAUGGUAUUUUCAAUCGCGCUGAGUCGCUCCAAAACCGCAAAGUCGCAAAAGUCGCAACAAUAUUGCGGUUGAGUUCAGUCACCGCUUGAGUCUGAGUGUUGGACAUUCGCUCCAAGCCAUCCAGAGUGACCAGCAGCUUCUUCCCUUCCAAUAGAGCCGCUCCCGUCGGUUGAAUUUUGCGAUAGAACAGCAAGCUGCCAACACCAAACAGCACCAUACCUGUUAUCAAAAGGCCAAUGAUGUAGAUGUCUUCCACAUCUUCCAUGGACAGUACUGUCAGGCACAUCGGUCUCCACUUUCUCCAUGGAUCCAGGGCGUAUCCGGCAGCGAGUGUCCCCGGAGGGCAAGCAGGCUCCCCACUGCCCGCUCUUUCCGUCGAAAAAAUGUUGUCGAUUACUUCGAGAGACCAGCCAACUAAUUCCAUGGUUAGUUCUUCGGAUGAAAACACGGUCGGAGGCUAGGGAAAAAAAGUUGGACAAAGACAGCACAAAAGACAAAGUGGCGACAAGGGAAAAAAGAAAGGUUGGAGGGCAGGGGAGCUGUGCAAAAAGCGUCCGCCUUCGUUGAGAGCCAAGCAGAAAAAAAAAUGGUUUUCAAUGAUGGUUUUCAGCCUUGACGUUUACAUACAGUGAUUUCUGCAGACUAUCUGAACCUUUUGAUAAGAUCAUAAAUCAUAGAUGACAAAAUUCCGAAAUUCUUUGCAAUUGUCCGUUGAGGAACAUUGUCUUGAAACUGUUUGUGAACAACUGUGUGAGAAAGUAGUCAAAGAGGUGAACUUCGCUCCUUCUUUGCUUGUGAAGGACAAUUCAGGGAAGCUCUUUUGAUACCAAUCAUUGCAUCCACCUCUUCCAUGCUGGCCUGUUUACCUGGGGGAUGUUUCAAACAGGUGUUUCAUGAGCAUUCAUUUCUCAGUCUUUUUUGCCACCUGUCCCUUCAUUGUUGGAAUGUGUUGCAGCCACAGAUUCUAAGUUAAUGAUUAUUUCCAAAAACAAAUGUUAUUACACUGAGCAAUAAAUAUCUUUUCUUUGCAGUGUAUUCAAUUAAAUGUAGGAUGAUAAUGAUUAGCAAAUUAUUGUAUUUUGUUUUUAUUUACAUUUAUCCCAAGUCUCACCUUCAUUGGAAUUGGGUUUGUAAAUCUUAAUCUGAAUCUGCCUCUUUCUGAGAAUGUCUGUUGGCCAGCCGUUUUGCACUUCCACCGCAAAUUAAGAGCUGGCCAAAACUCCAGCAGUCAUCAUCAAUGUUGUGAAUUUAAAAUUAAUGUACUUUUCAUAAAUGUCAGUUUAUGCAACAAUAAAUUGUUUUGUCGUUUUCAUGGAUUGCAUCAUUUUAUGCAUCAAAAGGAAACUGGACACUACGAUAUCACCAUUCAAUUUGUACUCUGUAUCUGUAUUGGUCUGUCGUGGUGAAGGAAGUUAGCCUAAAGAUGAAGCUCUCGAUUUACUGGUCAAUCUAACGAUCCUGCCCUCACCAAGGGUCACAAACUGUGACUGACUGGAAGAUUAAAAUCACGGAUAAGAGUGACAGAAAUUAGUUUCCUCCACAGGGUGUCUGAGGUCUCCCUGAGAGAUAGGGUGAGGAACUCGGUCAUCUGGGAGGGACUCGAGCUGCUGCUCCUCCAGAUUGAGAGAGGACAGAUGAGGUGGCUUGCGCAUCUGGAUAGACUACCUCCUGGAUACCUCCCUGGUGACUUGUUCUGGGCAUGUCCCGCCGGGAGAAAGCCUGGGGAUGACCUUCUCUACUUUAAUAUAUAUAAAACAUUUUUUUUAAAUCCUUGUCUCACCGCUCGGGUGUUGUCCAUCCCUCAUUCAGCUCGGGUCCUAUACCGGAGGCCAGGAAGCCUGAGGGUUCUGCCCAGUAUCCUUGCUGUUCCCAGCACUGCACAUUUCUGGACUGAGAUGUCCGAUGUUGUUCCCGGGAUCUGUUGCAACCACUCAUCUAGUUUGGGGGUCACUGCCCCGAGUGCUCCGACCACCACAGGCACGACUGUCACCUUUACCUUCCAGGCUCUCUCCAGCUCCUUUCUGAGCCCUUGGUAUUUCUCGAGUUUCUCAUGUUCCUUCUUUCUGAUGUUUCCAUCACUUGGGAUCGCUACAUCCACUACAACGGCUUUCCUCUGCCCUUUAUCUAUGAUCACGAUAUCUGGUUGGUUCGCCAUUACCAUCUUGUCAGUCUGGAUCUGGAAGUCCCACAGGGGUGAGAUCUAAAACGUUUGAGCUGGAUAAACUGGGUGCGGUCAGAAAGAUAGGAGCGGAACCAGGAGAGGGGGAUGCUGGUGAUGCCAAUAGAGGAGAGUCUGUCGAGGAGGAUGGAGUGAGAGAUGGUGUCAAAGGCUGCACUGAGGUCAAGCAGGAGGAGGAUGGCGAGUGAACCGGAGUCAGCAGAGAGAAGAAGGUCAUUGCAUAUUUUGAGGAGGGCAGUUUCGGUACUAUGGAGGGGACGGAAGCCAGAUUGAAAUUGUUCGUAGAGGGUAUUGGAGGAAAGAUGGGUGUGAAGUUGAGCAGCUACUGUUUUUUCUAGAAGUUUGGAGAUGAACGGAAGGUUUGAUAUGGGACGAAAGUUGUUCAAGUCGGAGGGAUCAGAGCCAGGUUUCUUCAGUAUGGGAGUGACAGCAGCAAUUUUCAGAUGAGAUGGUACAAUGCCAGUAGAGAGGGAAGUUUGAAUAAUGUUAGUGAUGAGAGGGGAGAGGGCCGGGAUAGAAGCUUUGACUAAAACAGUAGGGAGAGGGUCAAGUUGACAAGUAGAGGAUUUGGACUUCUGGAUUAAGAUGGAGAUUUGGUGGACAGAUGGGGAUGUGAAUGCAGAGAAUAGUUGGUUAGGAACCGGGGAGAAUGGAGAAGGAGGGUUAGGAGCAGCUGAAGGGGUGAGUUGCUGGUGGAUAAGUUGGAUUUUGGAUGUGAAAAAUUAGGCCAGAGCAUUACAAAAAUCAGUGGAAUAGAGAUGUGAGGGAAGAGUGUCAGCAGGUUUAGUGA